GUCAUGCCAAAGAUGUCAUUAUAUGGCAGAGAAGGAUGUGACAACAUAUAGCUGUAGACCUUGGCACAAGCAUGCGAUGCGAGCAGUUUCAAACCUCGUGGGCAGAGCAGCACAACACAGCAUUCUUUGGCGGAGCACGAGGGGGCCCACGCCUGAAUGCCAGGCCUGGCCGCGACGUGUCGCGCCUCGCCCUCCCCGACUCCACUCCACUCCACUCCACUCGCCCGCGCCCGCCGCCCGCGUGCUCCUCCCUCGCGCCCCGCCCCGCCCCGCCCCUAUCUAUAUCCAUUCCCGCUCGUCCCCCUCAACAACCCUCCUCACCGCGCACUCGUGUUCGUGUCAUCCCGCCCGCAGGCCGCAGUCCAUGGCCACCGCCAGCCUCGCGCUCUCGCUGCGCCUCGCGCCGUCCUCGCGCCCGCUGAGCCUCCGCCGCCGGGGGGCCGCCGGCGUCACCUGCCGCGCCACCACCGCCACGUUCCACCAGCUCGACGCCGUCGCGGUGAGGGAGGAGGAGUCCAGGUUCCGGACGGCGGCGGCGGAGGGCCGCAACCUGCUGCCGCUCACGAGGUGCAUCUUCUCCGAUCACCUCACGCCCGUGCUAGCGUACCGCUGUCUCGUUAAGGAGGACGAACGCGAUGCGCCCAGCUUUCUCUUCGAGUCUGUCGAGCAGGGGUCCGAGGGCACCAAUGUGGGGAGGUACAGCGUGGUCGGGGCGCAGCCUUCUAUGGAGGUCGUGGCCAAGGCUAACCAUGUGACGGUCAUGGACCAUGAGAUGAAGUCGAGGAGGGAGCACUUCGUGCCUGAUCCCAUGAGGAUCCCCAGGACAAUCAUGGAGCAGUGGAACCCGCAGAUUGCUGACAGCCUCCCUGAUGCAUUUUGUGGAGGAUGGGUUGGAUUCUUCUCAUAUGAUACAGUGCGUUAUGUUGAAACAAAGAAGCUUCCUUUCAGUAAGGCACCACAUGACGAUAGGAACCUUCCUGACAUUCAUUUAGGCCUCUAUAGUGACGUCAUUGUGUUUGAUCAUGUUGAAAAGAAAACACAUGUUAUUCAUUGGGUGAGGACAGACUGCUAUCGUUCUGUUGAUGAAGCAUAUGAAGAUGGAAGAAAUCGGCUUGAAGCUUUGUUAUCAAGAUUACAUUGCCUCAAUGUCCCAACACUUUCUUCUGGUUCUAUAAAACUCAAUGUUGAAAACUUUGGCCCAGUAAUGCAAAAAUCAACGAUGUCAAGCGAAGAAUAUAAAAAUAUCGUUGUCCAAGCUAAAGAACACAUCUUGGCCGGUGACAUUUUCCAAGUUGUUUUAAGCCAGCGUUUUGAGAGACGGACAUUCGCCGACCCCUUUGAAAUCUAUCGUGCAUUGCGCAUCGUAAAUCCUAGUCCAUAUAUGGCCUAUCUACAGGCACGAGGUUGUAUUCUCGUGGCAUCGAGUCCUGAAAUUCUUACCCGGGUACAAAAGAGGACAAUAAUCAAUCGUCCGCUUGCUGGAACCAUAAGAAGAGGCAAAACAAAAGCAGAAGACAAAACUUUAGAACAAUUGCUUUUGAGUGAUGAAAAGCAGUGUGCUGAACAUAUUAUGCUAGUAGAUCUUGGCCGAAAUGAUGUUGGGAAGGUGUCCAAACCAGGUUCAGUAAAGGUAGAGAAAUUGAUGAAUAUCGAACGAUAUUCUCAUGUCAUGCACAUCAGCUCAACAGUAACUGGAGAGCUACGCGAUGAUCUUACGUGUUGGGAUGCGCUACGAGCCGCAUUGCCAGUUGGAACCGUUAGUGGCGCUCCAAAGGUGAGAGCAAUGGAGUUGAUUGAUCAGCUAGAAGUGAGUAUGCGUGGGCCGUAUAGUGGUGGUUUUGGAGGGAUUUCCUUCCGCGGCGACAUGGACAUUGCACUCGCUCUUCGCACUAUUGUCUUCCCCACCGCAUCUAGGUUUGAUACCAUGUACUCGUACACAGACAGUAAGUCCCGGCAGGAGUGGGUGGCUCACCUCCAGGCCGGAGCUGGCAUAGUUGCUGAUAGCAAACCGGAUGACGAGCACCAAGAGUGUAUAAACAAGGCUGCAGGUGUUGCUCGUGCCAUUGACCUUGCUGAAUCGACAUUUCUUGAAGAGUAGUCUAGUCUAAUGAAGGAAAUGUAUGUUUAAGUUCUCUGUAUAAUUAUGGAUUGUCCUAGAAAACAGGCUUUCUUAGGCCGAAUAAAAACUCAACUGUAAUAAAGUUAAUAAAUGGACAACUUUAGCUAUCAUAGCAUGUUAAUUUACAUUAGAAACUGGCAGUUUAAGGCGGACAAUCAAGAAAAGCAUGAAAAAACAUCCAAUAUUGUGAUGUUCAUGUUUUGUUCUUAACCAUUUGACAUUCUAGUUGUGCUUUUUAAGCAAUCA